CGGCGUCGUUUCUUUGUUGGUGUAGGAUUGAUUUCGAAAAUUAGGUUUUGAGUUCAGAAAUUUGGUAGUUAAUUGCAAUGGUGCUGAGUUAAUCAAUGGCGGCUAAAGGGAGUGACAUUCAUCUAAUUAGUUUGGUGUAAACACUCGUGCGAGACUCGAGCGUUGAUAUAGUUGCAUUCUAUGCUCUUUAGCGUAGUUAAUUCAGCUGGAAAUUGAGUUAGUUUACCUCAAUUGGAUUUGAACCGAUUUGCUACUCAGGAAUGUUUUCAAUGUUCGCCAGAAUCUUUCUUCAAAGGACUUUGUAUUCGGCUACAUUCACCAACAACACCAACAUUUUUAGGUGUCUUAAAACUAUAGCACCUUCCAUCGACCAGUGUAGCAAUCCUUUCAGCGGUAAAGGUAGUUGUGGCAGAAGUGUGCCAAAUGAUGACUACUUUGCAACAAUUCAUCACGUAUCUAACAUUGUACGACGGGAUAUUUACCUGGAACGGACCCUUAACAAGAUGCAUAUUUCAAGUAUUGUCAACUCUGAACUUGUGUACCGUGUCCUUAGAAGUUGUUGCCAACAUGGUAUUGAAUCUUUUCGUUUCUUUAACUGGGCUCGGACUCAACACCCUCAGUAUGACCCAACUACCGUUGAGUUUGAAGAACUUCUUAAGACCCUUGCCCGGACUGCUCACUGGGAGACAAUGUGGAAAGUAGUCCAGCAGAUGAAAGCUCAAAAUAUUCCUAUCUCACCAUCCAUUGUUUCAUUCAUUAUCGAACACUAUGGUAAGCGUGGUCUCAUUGAUCAGGCUGUCGAGCUCUUCAAUCGGCUCAAGAACUUCGACUGUUCUCAAACUACUGAAGUAUACAAUGCUAUGCUUUUCGCACUCUGUGAGGUCAAGAAUUUCCAAGGGGCCUAUGCAUUGAUUCGGAGGAUGAUACGAAAAGGUACUGUUCCAGAUAAGCAGACAUAUUCUAUUCUUGUAAAUGGCUGGUGUUCUGCCGGGAAGAUGAGAGAGGCACAAGAGUUCUUGGAGGAAAUGAGUCGAAAGGGCUUCAAUCCUCCUGUACGUGGGAGGGACCUUCUAAUUGAUGGGUUGCUCAGUGCUGGAUAUCUAGAAUCAGCUAAAGGAUUGGUGAGAAAAAUGACAAAGGAGGGGUUUGUGCCAGAUGUUGGAACAUUCAAUUCUUUGGCAGAGGCUAUAUGUAAAACUGGGGAAAUCGACUUUUGCAUUGACCUUUUCAAUGAUGUUUGUAGAUCGGGGCUUUGUCCUGAUAUCGAGACUUAUAAGAUUGUCAUAACUGCUGCAUCAAAGGUAGGUAGGAUUGAUGAGGCAUUUCAGAUUCUUCAUAGGUCAAUUGAAGCUGGACACCGGCCAUUUCCCAGUUUAUAUGCUCCAAUACUAAAAGCUUUCUUCCGGAGAGGACAGUUUGAUGAUGCAUUUAGCUUUUUCAGUGAUAUGAAGCUGAAAGGGCAUCCACCAAAUCGACCUCUUUAUACCAUGUUGAUAAAGAUGUGCUCUCGUGGAGGUAGAUUUGUAGAGGCGUCUAAUUAUUUAGUAGAAAUGACCGAGUUAAAUUUGUUGCCUAUGUCACGAAGCUUUGACAUGGUGACAGAUGGAUUGAAGAAUUGUGGAAAGCAUGAUCUAGCCAAAAGGAUCGAGCAGUUGGAGAUAUCUGUCAAGGGCAUCUGAAUUAUUGUUGUGGAUCGAGCAGUUGGAGAUAUCUGUCCAAUAGACUCAAGGCUGUGCGAAUGAUCUGCCCUUUAUUUGAUACAACGCGUUGGGUGAGGAAUCUGGAACGUUCUUACUUUAAGAUGUGGAAUCUCUAUUGCUCCGGCCAGCAUCCUCAGCCCUUCAAAGUGACCGAGAAUGACUCAGGAUUUGCUUUUGACCACUAGAUGUAGUAGGGAAGGAAGAG